GGUGGGUGGCAUUGGCGAGCGCAUAAGUCCGGCUGGAUCGGAUCGGGGUGGCGGUGAUUUCGUGAAGAAUUGCAGAAGCUUCGCGAGCACUGAUGCACGCCAGAAUAAAACAGUGCGGGCGCGCGGCAGGUAGCAGACGGCGAUGCGCAGUCGCACAACAACAAAGCCAAGAACAAGACCAUCAAGCAAACGCACAAUAUCAACAAGAUGAUGCUCACUCCGUUUCGUUCGCACCGCGCCCGGCCGCGGAGCAACUGGCUGAUCGACGGGUGGGAGCCGUUCGGCGAGCUCGGCAUUGGAUCGUGGGACUCGGAGUCAUCGCGGCUCUCGUUUGAUGUGACCGAGAAGGACGACAAGUACGAGAUUGUGGCGCACGUUCCAGUUCCGCGUGACAAAGUCAAGCUCUCUGUUAAGGACGGUGUGGUGACGAUCUCGGGCUCGGACUCGUCGUCGUCAACGCGUGAGGUUGACGGAUACACGUGCACCUCGUCCUCGUCCUCGUCGUUUUCGCGCUCGUUCCCGCUGCCAGCCGGCAUCUCGCCCGAGGCGGUGACGGCAACCCGGGCUGCUGACAACUCGGUCAAGAUCGUGAUCCCCAAGCCGGAGCCGGGCCAGCACGACGAGCUCGAGGACGUGACGCCGAUGCCAAUCGAGAUCGAACAGUAAAUGCUCACCAGCGUUGCAAGAGCAAAGA